AUGGCGUAUCACUCUGGACAGUAAUACAAAUACUGCUGCAAAUCUUUGGUGAUUUUAAUGCGAAUCCCCGCCUACAUUUUCAUUAUUUUACCAUAUUAAUUUGAUUCCGUUAUUUUCUAGAGAGCCCGUAAAUCGUCGUCUGCCGUCUGCACUGUCUGCGCUUUCGAAGACUUCUACUUCAUCGAUUUUCCAUAGUUUGUACAAAGAAAAGGAAAUGAUCGUGACCCAAGUUUUGGAGCAGCAUGUGAAACUUUCUGAUCCCACAUGUGACGACGAUGGAAAGAAAUUUAAAAGAUCGGUUUCGAAAACUGUUCGGUGUAGAGCGUUUAAGAAGGGAAUGUGCAAAUUUGGUGACAAGUGCCGUUUUUCUCAUAUUUACCAAAGCAGCAAGCGGCUGCGACCAGAAACAAUUGAAGGACAGCCAAAGCCGAAAAUUUCAACUGUUGCAUUCUUUGAUUCAGCACCAAUAAUUUAUGGCAGCAAUGUGCACAGAUAGGC